UUAGCCUCAGAGUGCACUGGGAAACCGAGCAAACACGACUGAGUGACCCUUUGUCAAGAGGCUCUUCUCUUUAGGCCAUCAUUGAGGACUGAAGAGCACAAGUGAGAUCAAAUGGAAGAAUCACUAGGCUAUUGCAGGACUGGUGGACCUUUCUCUUUCUCUCUCAUCCUUAAACUGGGCUUAGACUGAAUUUAAAGGCACCUGAAGACAUGAAAAUGGUGCCGAAAGAGCAGACUUAAUGAAUCAGCAGGGAUUGGACCCUUUGGAUUUUUGCCAAAACGGAACUGACCUCAACGCUCUGACAGGAUUAUCCCAAAAAAAAUAAAGGUGAAUUACAGGCGUCAGUGCAUGGCGUCCACGCGUCCUGGGCCAUCAGCCGUCAUAUCACAUUAAGAUUAAAAGCACUGACUCCUUCACUCAUAAGGAGUAGUCCUUAAUCCGUGAUAUGGUGGUAUAAAAGGCGCUAAAGUCAGAAGUGGACAUGUAGCCCUUUCACAGGAUUAUUCAGAGCCAUGGACACGCAGAGGCCUUUCCUCGAGCCGACCAUGUUUAACUUCGUCAGCGAUAUGAACUGCGAAGCGCCUCCGCCUUCCGUCUUUGGAGGUGCAGAAGGCCUGGACGCAUCACUCACUUACCACAUGGACUAUCACGGAGCACGUGAAGACCUCGCCUCCGCCAUUAACGGGUUUGACUGCCCAGGCGCGCGCGCAGGUGAGAGCGGCGUCCGCAAGGCGCCGAAGCGGAAGCGCGUGAUCACGAGCGUGCAGCGGCGAGCCGCCAACAUCCGCGAGCGCAGGAGGAUGUUCAGCCUGAACGAGGCUUUCGAUGAACUCCGGAGGAAAGUUCCCACCUUCGCCUACGAGAAGAGGCUGUCGAGGAUCGAAACCCUGCGCCUUGCCAUCGUGUACAUCUCCUUCAUGACGGAAUUACUGGAAAAAUGACAGAAAGACAAGGGACCUUAUACAUAAUAAUAAUAAUAAUAAUAAUAAUAAUAAUAAUAAUAAUAAAUUAUUUAUAGGCGUCUCAGAAAUUACACAACAGUGUACAAAAAUAUAUAGCCUAUAUAGAAGAAAAGAUACAAUAACAAACACUGCAUGCAUAUAUGAAAAAAAACAUAAUAAUAAGAAUAAAUAAUAAAUAUACAAUUAUACAAAUGUAUUAAAGUAACAACAACAAU